GAGGAGGCGGAGGCGUCGUCGAUCGGCGGACUCGAUGAAGUGCGGAUCAGCUGUUCAGCGCUACCUGGCCUCGCACGAGGUGGGCUGCUGCAGUUUGCUGGCCGGCACCAGUUUCAUCGUCUUCAUGACGCUCCUGCCGCUCAUCAUCGACCCCAGCGUCUUGACUUUUGUGCUGGACCUGGAGCCGGCCGCGUGCCUUACCGUCCACAGCGCCGCCCUCAACGGGACGUCCAACUGCACGUGGACGUCGUGCCAGCAGGGCUGCACCGUCGACAUCUACAAGUGCUGGCACGUCAACGUCUCCUACCUACUGGCCGAUCCGGCGCUGGCCGCCGAGCGGCUCCUGCCCGAUCCUUUCGUCUCCUUCUCCUCCUCCUCCUCGUCCUCAGCAUCGCUAGAGCCUUACCCGUUGAUGGCCAUCCAGCAGCCGGCCCGCCUUUAUCCCAACGUGGUUGGCUGCGGCUAUCCGCCGGAUGUCGACUGCGACCAGUUUUUCCGCGACUAUUCGCGGACGGACGCGUUCGAGCGCACAUUCCCCUGCUACGUCUCGAUGACCGAUCCCAGCGUGGCCGUCGUCCACGUCGAUCGCUUCCAGGCCGCCUGUCACCUGGCCAUCGGCUUCGCUCCGCUCCUCCUCUGCCUCGUCCUCAGCGUCUACGUGUCCCUGAGGCUACGCUGCCAGCGGCGCAGUCAAUUGACGGCCAGGGCCGCCGGACUCAUUUCGGCCGCCGCCUUAGCCGAGGAGCAGGCCCGUCGCAUCAUCGAGUCCAAGCGCCGGCUGGAAAGCCGCAAGCAAUCGUGGCUCAAUUCUUUCCGCCAGGAUCGCGUCACUUCCUCGACGUCUGUGGCCUAUUCGCCCACCUCCAGCUCGCCCAGCUCCGCCUCGUCCACUCGCGGAUUCGAGGCGGCCGCCGCCGCCGCUCAGUUUCCGGCAAUCAGCGACGAGUACGGGGCCGUCGCCGGACCGUCGCCCGAUCCUGCCAUCGUCGUCUCCGUCAGGAGGAAACAGGGUCUGCAGCUGCAGUUGCAUCGCUCCGAUUUCCAGCAGCACGGCCAGCCACCGCUGAGGCGGAAAGCGACCGUCGAUGAUGGCGGAACGAGUAGUAGUGCCGGCCAGUCACCGUCGUCGUCAUCGGCGAUACCGCAGGCAUCCGGCGAGCUGUCGGGGCCUGUUAUUGCCUGUAUUAGCUCCGCCCUGCUGCCACAUUCGGUCCAGCCUCAUCACUACGCCGCGUUGCCCCUUGAUAGUCCAGAAGAGACGUGACCCCCCCUCAAAACCCAGUCCCAGCGACAGUUGCCAACAGCUGGGCACGCCCAGCCCAGUCUGAGGGAUUCUUUUGUCCAAUAAUUUUAUUCUUGUUUCAAGUUUUUCCUUGUCGAAAGGAUA